AUGUAUUCAAAAGGUCUCCCAUUCAACACUGUGAAUGAUCCUUAUUGGUUUCCUAUGAUAGAUGUUGUUGCAAAUUUUGGUCCCAAGUUUAAGCCUCCAUCUAUGCAUGAAUUGAGGACAUGGAUUCUUAAAGAAGAGGUGGUUGAAGAAAUUGGAGAGGAGAAUGUUGUGCAAUUCAUCACUGAUAAUGCCUCUAAUUAUGUGAAUGCUGGAAUGAGGCUUAUGGAAAAAAGGAGAAAAUUGUGGUGGACUCCUUGUGCUGCUCAUUGUAUUGAUUUGAUGUUGGAGGAUAUUGGAAAGCUAAAUGUUCAUGCUACUACACUAUCUCGAGCUAGGCAAGUAGUGAAGUUCAUAUAUGGGCAUACUUGGGUUCUUAGCUUGAUGAGAACAUUUACAAAAAAUCAUGAACUUCUUCGUCCAGCAAUUACACGAUUUGCUACUGCAUUUCUUACUCUCCAAAGUCUUUAUAAGAAAAAUCAAGCUCUUAUAGCAAUGUUCUCAUCAGAAAAAUGGUGUUCAAGCACAUGGGUUAAAAAGGUAGAAGGUGUGAAAACUCGAAGUACAGUGUUGUUUGAUCCAAAUUUUUGGCCUCAUGUUGCUUUUUGCAUUAAGACCACUGUUCCAUUAGUUAGUGUCUUGAGAGAGGUUGAUUCAGAGGAAAGACCAGCCAUGGGUUAUAUUUAUGAGUUGAUGGAUUCUGUUAAGGAGAAGAUUGCAUUUAAUUGUCGGGGUGUGGAGAGAAAAUAUGGCCCAAUUUGGAGAAAAAUUGAUGCAAGAUGGACUCCGCAACUUCAUCGACCUUUACAUGCAGCGGGUUAUUAUCUUAAUCCUCAAUUGCGGUUCUCUAAUGCUGAUGAGGUGAGGAAGGGAUUAUUUGAAUGCAUGGAUAGGAUAUUGGAUUAUCAAGAACGUUUAAGAGCUGACAUUCAGUUGAACUCAUAUGACCAAGCAAUGGGUGAAUUUGGGAGUCGUAUUGCAAUUGAUUCUCGAACAUUAAGAAGUCCUACAAGUUGGUGGAUGCGUUUUAGGGGUUCAACACCGGAGUUGCAAAAGUUUGCUAUUCGAGUCCUUAGCCUUACUUGUAGUGCUUUGGGAUGUGAAAGAAAUUGGAGCACAUUUGAGUCGAUAAUACUUCUACUUUUGUAA